AUGGCAGGAAUUGCUGUUCUAUCGCAAGGCGCUGGAUAUGGCGUCGUAUUGGGUGUCGGAUUCCUAUUUGCUUUAGGCAUGAUGUUCACGACGUACGUUCUGAGAAGAUACAACAAUGAGCUACAAACCAGUGAAGUCUUUUCCACGGCUGGCAGAAGUGUCAAGUCUGGUCUUGUCGCUGCUGCUGUUGUUUCUAGUUGGACUUGGGCUGCGACGCUAUUGCAAUCAUCUGCUGUAGCUUACAACUACGGAGUCUCGGGUCCUUUCUGGUAUGCUAGCGGCGCAACGGUACAGGUCAUUCUCUUCGCAACCCUGGCAAUCGAACUCAAAAGACGAGCACCUAAUGCCCACACUUUCCUCGAAGCCAUUCGUGCUCGCUAUGGUGGAAUCACUCAUGGUGUCUUUAUCACCUUUGGACUCAUGACAAACGUCCUUGUCACGGCUAUGCUCUUGACAGGUGGUAGUGCCGUCAUCCAGGAUCUCACUGGCAUGAACCCUGUCGCAGCUUGUUUCUUGCUUCCUGUUGGUGUUGUGCUGUACACCAUGUUUGGUGGCAUCAAAGCUACCUUCAUCACUGACUGGGUACACACUGUGGUCAUCUUGGUCAUCAUUUUUCUCUUUGCUUUCACGACCUAUGCCACCAACAAUAUCCUCGGAAGCCCUAGUGCUGUUUAUGAUGCGCUGAAGGCUGCUUCGGCUCGUCAUCCUGUUGAUGGCAAUGCAGAGGGAAGCUACCUUACUAUGCAAUCGCGUGAGGGUGGUAUCUUCUUCGUCAUCAACUUGGUCGGUAACUUUGGUACUGUCUAUCUUGACAAUGGAUACUGGAACAAGGCCAUUGCUGCUUCGCCUGUUCAUGCUCUUCCUGGCUAUAUCAUGGGUGGACUUUCGUGGUUCGCGAUUCCGUGGCUCUGUGCAACAACCAUGGGCCUUGCAGCCCUCGCUCUUGAGAAUAACCCUGUCUUCCCCACCUACCCUCUCCGCAUGGCCGCCGAAGACGUCACUGCCGGUCUUGUACUCCCUAACGCGGCUGUUGCUCUUCUCGGCAAAGGCGGUGCUGCAGCCACUCUGGUGCUCAUCUUCAUGGCCGUCACUUCAGCCAUGUCUGCUGAGCUUAUCGCUGUCUCUAGUAUCUGGACCUACGAUAUCUACAAUACUUACAUCAAUCCAAAGGCACAGGGCAAGAAUCUGAUUUAUAUGAGUCAUGUUUCUUGUGUUGUGUAUGCGUUGAUCAUGGCGGCUUUCUCCACUGGACUUUAUUAUGCUGGUAUUGGCAUGGGCUACCUCUACCUCCUCAUGGGUGUCAUCAUCGGCGGUGGCGUUCUUCCAGCCUCGUUGACUCUCCUCUGGGACCGUCAGUCCUGGGCCGCCGCAACCUUUUCUCCCAUCAUCGCUCUAGCAUGCGCUCUCAUCGGCUGGCUCGUACAAGCAAAAACCCAGUACGGCGACCUUUCCGUCACAUCGACCGGCUCCAACUAUCCCAUGCUAGUCGGCAAUGUAGUCGCUCUCCUCACCCCUGUCGUCGUCGUCCCAAUCUUUUCCCUCGUCUUCAAGACUGAAAAAUACGAUUGGCUAUCCAUGAAACAGAUCCGCAGGUCUGACGAUUCGGAGCUGACGAAUGCAGCAAACGUGGAUCCGGAACUUCUCCCCGGUGGCGCAGAAGGCGAAACAGCACAAUCCCUCGCCGCAGAAGAACUAGAGCAAAAACACCUCCUCCGCGCCUCCAAAAUCGCACGUACACUCACCGUCUGCCUGGUCCUCUGUUUCCUGAUCCUAUGGCCCAUGCCCAUGUACGGCACCGGCUACGUAUUCAGCAAGAAGUUCUUUACCGGAUGGAUUGUAGUGGGCAUUUUAUGGUUGUUUGUUACGAGUUUCUGUGUGGGGAUUUAUCCUGUUAUCGAAGGCAGAAAGACUAUUGCAAGGACGUUGAAGAGUAUGUAUCUGGAUGUUACGGGGAAGAAACAUCCUGUUACUCAUGGGAGGGCUACGGUUGCUGAGACUGCUGUGGUGGAGGAGAAGAGGGGGGAGAAGAAGGAAAGGGAUGCUGAGAGUGCUGCUGCUAGGGAUUCUGAUUGA